UUUCUUCAUUUUAAAUGUUUCACUUCCCCACCAAAAGGGAGCACCAUUCAAUACCAAACUUGCACAAAAACUAGUUAAAUUGUUACAGUUCUCAGAGAAGUUUUUAGGCAGUAAUUCAGUUCUAAUAGAGAGAGAUGGCUGAAGAAAGAACUUUAGAAACAACACCAACAUGGGCCGUAGCAACUGUUUGCUUCAUUUUGAUCUUGUUAUCAGUUACAAUGGAGCAUUUGCUUCAUCUUUUGGCUAAGUAUUUCACUCAAAGAAAAAAGAGCGCACUCAUUAAGGCUUUGAAUAAGAUCAAAUCAGAAUUAAUGCUGCUGGGUUUUAUCUCAUUGUUGCUGACUGUGAGUGAAAAGGCAAUUGCAAAUAUUUGCAUACCAAAGAGCAUAGGAGAAACUUUUCUUCCUUGUGGUAGAGUCAAUUUUAUUGAAAGUGAAGAAGUGGCCAAAUGUGCAGAGCAGGGAAAGCUUUCUUUGUUAUCUAGAUCAGGUGUGAGGGAGCUUCAGUUCUUGAUUUUUGUGUUGGCUUCGUUCCAUUCUUUGUCUAGCAUACUCAUAUUUGGGCUUGGCAUGGCCAAGAUGAGACGAUGGGAGUCUUGGGAGGCAGAAACAAGAACCCUAGAAUAUCAAUUUGCAAAAGAUCCAAGGAGGUUUCAGCUCACUCAUCAAACAUCAUUUGGCAAAAGGCACUUGAGGUACUGGAGUGAACACAGCAUUCUUCGAUGGCCGACAUGUUUCUUGCGGCAAUUUUAUGGAUCCGUCUCCAAAGUUGAUUAUCUCACACUUCGACACGGAUUUGUCAUGGCACAUUUUACACAAGGAAGCAACUUUGAUUUUCAAAAAUACAUCAAAAGAGCUUUGGAAAUUGACUUUGGAGUGGUGGUGGGAAUAAGCGUUUGGAUAUGGAUCUUCUCUGUUUUUUACAUAUUCUUCAAUGCACAUAAAUUUUACAGUUAUCUAUGGCUUCCAUUCAUUCCAUUGGUGAUGGUGCUGUUGGUUGGUACUAAAUUGCAAGGAAUUAUAACUUCAAUGUGCUUAGAUAGCCAUGAAAAAUCUCAAAUUGUUAGAGGAACUUUGCUGGUUAGGCCUAGUGACCAUUUCUUUUGGUUUGGUUGCCCUAAGUUGCUGCUUCAUCUCAUUCACUUCAUUUUAUUUCAGAACUCUUUUCAGCUAGCAUUCUUCACCUGGACUUGGUUCAAAUUCGGUCUAAAAUCAUGCUUCCACAGAGAAACAGAGGAUAUUGUAAUAAGACUAGCCAUGGGAGUGUUGGUGCACUUCCUCUGUGGCUAUGUUACUCUGCCAUUAUAUGCUUUAGUCACACAGAUGGGCACAUCAAUGAAUAAAGCUGUAUUUACAGAAAAUGUGGUUAUAGGACUUAAAAGAUGGCGAGCCAAGGCUAGGAAAAACCUUAAAAAAUCAUUCCCGGUUAACCCUUUGAUUGAUGGUUCGGUUUCUUUGGAUUCUUCAGCUUCUUUUAGCUUUGAUGCUGCACAUUUAGCCAUUCAAUUUGAUAAUGGGAAAAAUAUUGAAGGAAAUCAGAAUCGGCCUCACAAAAUAAUAAAUUCAUCUGAUGGAUUUCUUCCAAAUUUGAUGAGUGCAACAUUAGUAUCAGAAAAAGUAUAGCAGUUUUUUCUUUUUGGGUAUUGGAGAAUAUUGUAAUGAGUUUUUCAGACCAUGCGAACUAAAUUCGGGAGUUCGGAUUGCGUGAACUAACAUCCGAAGAAAUUAGCCCAGCAACCGACCAUCGGAGCCUCCCCCUUGAAUAGGCUAUAACAAUUAACUCUAAAAUAUCAUGGAAGUUUAUUGUAGAGAUGAAAAUACCGACAAUGAGUUAUGCAAGUUCAAAUAGUAUAAACAUUAGGAGCAUCUUGUAAAGUCGUGAGUUCAAUUUCUCUCACAAACACUUUUCUUUCUCAGUUAUAAAAAAAUUAG